AUGUUGGCAACAAAAGACUUCAGUCGUGAUAAUUGGAGAGGAGAAGGUAGCUUUGGCAAUAUCUACACAGGACAUCUUUCUAAACGUUGGCACAAUUGCACCAUUGCCAUAAAAACCCAUGAUACCCAAGGUCACCAAGGAUAUGAAGAGUUCCAUACUAGCUUAAAUUUAUUUUUAACUUCUUCCAUGAAAACAUCAUCCCUUUCGUUGGACCCACAUAAGAGGAAUUGUCUAACAUGGGCACACCGCCUCAAGAUCUGCUUAGGAGCAGCAAGGGGACUCAACUACCUUCACUCAAACGGAGUAAUACACAGAGACAUCAAGAGCGGGAAAAUAUUGCUAGAUAAAAAUAUGGAAGCUAGAAUUUGUGACUCUGGUUUGUCAAAAAAGAACUUUAAAAAUCAGCAAGGUACCCACAUCUAUACUAAAGCUGCAGGUACCAACUUUUAUUUGGACCCUUUUUACGGAGAAAGUGGCAUUCUUCGUAGAGUGUCGGACGUGUACUCAUUUGGUGUAGUAUUGUUUGAAAUCUUGAGUGGGAUUAUGGCUUAUGAAAUGAGGAGCAUAGGAAAUGGUAAGCCAAAACUUCUGAUGAAUUUGGUCGGACAAUUAUAUGAUAACAAAUUGGAAACGUUACUUGAUCCCUGUAUAGCAAAUCAAAUUGAUAGUCGUUCUUUUCAUACCUUCAAAGAAGUUGCGUAUAAGUGCAUAAGCCACAUUUCCCAGGAACGUCCAACAAUGGACAUAAUCAUCGAGAGAAUUGAGGAUGCAAUGGAUUUUCAUGUAAGCUCUUUGAUUAAAUUCUUUUGA